CUGUCAGUCGUGUUUUGAUACUCGUACAGAUAUGAGCUUCUCCGGUAAAGUGGUUCUAGUGACGGGCGCGAGCUCCGGUAUUGGUGCAGCCGCCGCCAUUUUGUUUACUAAAGAGGGCGCUAAAGUCGCCAUCGUCGGUCGAAAUGAAACCAAACUUGGCAACGUCGCAAAGCAAUGUGGCGAAAAAGGAGAACAACCUCUUGUUAUUAAAGCUGAUAUUUUCAACGAAGAAGAAGCGAGCAAUAUAGUCCAAAAAACUGUUGAUAAGUUUGGAAGAUUAGAUGUACUCAUCAACAACGCUGGCUUCUCCAAACUAGGCUCAAUACUCGACGGAAAAAUUCUCGAAGCUUACGACGCUGUAAUGAAAACUAACAUGCGAGCUGCGAUCCAACUGACAACUCUAGCAGCCCCUCAUUUGAUUAAAACUAAAGGAAACAUCAUCAAUACAUCCAGUACUGGGUCUCUUCACGUGCCACAAUCACCGACGCAUGCAGCUUACUGUAUUUCCAAAGCAGCUUUAGAUCAUUUCACGCGCUGCGCUGCAUUGGAACUAGCGUCUUCAGGCGUUAGAGUGAACAGCGUCAAUCCAGGUCCAGUGAAGACAGAUAUUCUAGAAAAUUCUAACGUACCCAACCCUGAUGCUGUGUGGGAACACUUCAGAAGAAGCACAGCUCUGAACAAGAUUGCGGAGCCAGAAGAAAUAGCUGAACUCAUGUUGUUUUUGGCCAGUGACAAAGCGAGGAGCAUUACUGGGUCCAUUUAUGUGGCUGACAAUGGAUUUUUGCUUAAAAAUUAGUAUUUUUUAAGACGUGAGAAAUUUUUAUAGCCAAAGAUGUUGAACAAAAAUGUUUUUUUUUUAAACCUAUUUCUAGCGUACAUUGUAAUUAAAAUGAUUUUCAAAAUACUAGUCGUUCCUGA